AUGAACAAAUCAUACUUAACGUUGCCUAACCAAACACAAUUAUCGAUCGAUACUGAUAAUAAGAGAUGGAGACGUAUUUUAAGAGACGCAACGAUUUUAUCUUGUGAUGAAUUUUGGUUUGAAAAACCAAAAAACAUCACAGUACCUGAUAAUUUAUUUAUGAUCAAAAAACAUUUUGAUGGCGAAUUGAGGUUACAAGAUUAUUUUGAAGAGCAGUUGUCUAUUCUCAAUCCGCAAAUGAAGUUUGUUAAAUUUGAACGUACCAAAAAUAAUCAUUAUUUACGAGGGUACGCGCCAGAUAUAUCAUUCGCACGAAAAGGUCUAAAGGUGAACUCCAAUAACGUUCUAUUCAUUAUAGAAUUAAAAAAAACUGGCGGAAAUUUACUAAGUGGUGACCUACUCCAGGUGUACAACUAUGGAUGUUGUAUAUUGGAUGAGCAAAAAUCAAGAGAUCACGCGACGUUUGCAAUAAGUAAUGGUUUAUAUAUAAAUUUUUUUCGUAUAUAUAGAGACAAAAAAUUAGACGCAAUCGAAAAUUUAAUUUUACACGACGAUUAUGGUGCUCAUCCAGGAUUAGAACUUUUAAUAAGUGUGAUUUCGUCACCAGUGUGUAAAUAUUAA